AGGAAUAAUCUUAAGGAAGAACCUGAAGCAGAAGUGAAGAAUCAAGUAGUGAAAUGCCAUAUUGCCUCUAAUCUCUAACUGGACAGCAAUACAUUCAUGAUUGUCUCCGCUUGGUACUCCUAUCUUGUGUUGCGAGAGACGCUUGUACGGAAGUGGCCGGUGGUUUACCGUUUCCUCAGGUAUUGCAUCAAUACCAUGGGAAACUCAUGUAUCAGUAAGGACCACAGACGAAGAACUCUGGAGCAUGGAGACACCACGGAUGGAGGUAAUGGCAGCAGUAGUGGUGGAGGUGGUGGUGGACAUUAUUCUGAUUAUCCCUCCUCGCAUAGCACACCGACAAAUCACAACUCAGAUCAGUCAGGACAGUCCCUGAAUGAGAAUAGACAGGUUCAAGCUCAGGUCACCCCUUUGUACAUGCUGGCUUCCAGGGACAUGGCUGCCGCUCAACCUAGCUUUACCUCAGACAUUUCGCAUGUGCACAGUAGUGAUGAUGAGGAAAUGGAGCAUGUGAAUCAACUCAUGCUUAGGACGUUGCAAGUCAUUAGAACUCUUGUGGAUAAUGAACAAGAGCCACCAUAUGCCAUGCUGAGAUUACAUGAAAUAGCUGAAACAGAAAGUGGAUGGUCGAAAGUUGUCCAAGCAAUGAUUAGAGUGAUCCCCAUGGAUGACCCCCUUGGACCUGCUGUAAUCACCCUUCUUAUAGAUGAAUGCCCUCUUCCAACCAUGGAAACAGUUAAGAGAUUAUACAGAGCCCUUGGAAUAUCCGCCCAUCUAGCAGAGGAGGCAAAGUUAAAACCUCAGCGACAUCGGAACAUAGCAGCCGUCCUGGGCUGCAUUGCUGAGAAACUAGCUGGUCCAAAUAGUGUGUCCCUUCUUGUGCCAGAAAUCAUUGAGUACUUGCUUAAUUUACUGGUUGGCAAUGUACAUCCACAAAUAACAUUAUAUGCCCUAAUUGCCCUAGAGAAGUUUUCACAAACAAGUGAAAAUAAGCUUACCAUCAAGAAGGCUGGAAUUGCUGAGAAGCUUGUACCCCUUGUUCAGUGGGCUGAGAGUUCAGAUCUAGACCACAGACAAGUUGGAUUCUGUGCAAGAUGGUGCCUUGAUAAUGUCUUCUUUGUACCAGGAAGAUCACUGACCUAUGAAAUAAUCAAUCUUGAGGGACUCAAUGCAAUGCUGAAUGACAAUGAUGUCAGCGAGUACUUGAAAAUAUCUCCUAAUGGCCUUGAGGCAAGGAGCGAUGUUUUAUCAUUUGAGAGUGUCCGUUGUACAUUUUGUGUUGAUGAAGGUGUCUGGUAUUAUGAGGUUAGAGUCAUCACCAAUGGUGUCAUGCAGAUAGGCUGGGCAACAAAAAACAGUAAAUUUCUCAAUCACGAAGGAUUUGGUAUAGGUGAUGAUGAGUUCUCUUUCUCUUACGAUGGAUGCAGGCAGCUCUAUUGGUAUAAUGCUAAGAGCAGAACGCAUAGACAUCCACCUUGGAAAUCAGGUGAUGUUGUAGGUUUUCUAUUAGACCUUGAUAAGAAGUACAUGUCUUUUUCACUCAACGGCAACAUCCUUCCUCCUGAAUGUGAAGUCUUCAAAUCAGCUCAGACAGGGUUUUUUGCUGCCGCUAGUUUCAUGUCCUUCCAACAAUGUGAGUUCAACUUUGGGAUGACCCCCUUCAAGUACCCUCCAGCUGGUCCAUUUAAAACAUUCAAUGAGUAUGCCAAGCUCACUCCUGAAGAAAAACAGAUACUUCCAAGGCAUAAAAAGAUGGAGUUAAUUCACCAAAUGAGUAUCAGUGAUUCUGCGUGCAGCUUGUGCUUUGACAAAGAGGCAACUGUAACAUUCAAACCAUGUGGACACGGUGGCUUCUGCCCAUCCUGUGCAAUACAGCUAGAACAGUGCCCGCUGUGUCGUACUACCAUAGUGCAACGCCUAUGCAAUGACGACUCCACGAUAGGCGUGGAACCGGGCUCUUCCAGCAACCCAAACAACAAUGCAGCAGCAUCCUUAGAGACAGAGGAUUCAUGACAAAGGUGAAUUUGUGGGUCAGAGAUGUUGGGAGAAAUUAUGAUCUACUGCAACAGCUUCAACUUUUACAUGGUCAUCUGUAUCACAUGAUCAUCUGUGUCACAUGAUCAUAUGUAUCACAUGAUCAUAUGUAUCACAUGAUCACCUGCAUCACAUGGUCAUCUGUCACAUGAUCAUUUGUACCACAGAACGAUAAGCUGAUCUACAUUAGCCAAAGUUUUCUCACUCUCAAAAUUCUAUUCCUAUUAGCACUUGGGAUUAUGGAUUAAUCAUGAGAUUAGCAAAGCCCUAAAUUUCAUAUGCUUAUUUGCAUAAUAAAUUAAUAAAAAAUAUAAACAAUUAAUUUUUGUCUUACCUGCAUAGCAGAGCGGGACUAUAGGCGCCGCUUUUCUGAUGGCGACGGCAGCGGCAUCGUCAACAUUGAAAUCUUAACCAAGGUUAAGUUUUUGAAAUGUCAUUAUAAAAGUACAUUGGACCUAGUUCAUGAAACUUGGGCAUGAGGGUAAUCAAGUCUUACUAAAUAUCCUGCCUGAGUUUUAGGUCACAAGACCAAGAUCAAAGGUCAUGUGAGGUCAAUGAACUUUGGCCGUGUUGGGGGUAUUUGUUGAAUUGGCAUCAUAACUUCGAAAGGUUAUGGAGCUAGUUCAUGAAACAGACAUAAGGGUAAUCAAGUAAGAAUGAUUAUUUUGCACACGUCAUAGAUCACAUGAUCAAGAUCAAUGGUCAUUUUGGGUCAAUGGACAUUUCUUUUGUGAAUAAUUAUUCAUUAGCUGUUUUCAAAGUCAGCAAAGCUGCUAUAUCGAAAUGCAGGCAAGACUGCAAGAGGCAUUCUACUUGUUUGAAAAUUUUACUAUACAAUCUUGUAAUUUACUUCCAACUCUACGUGUAUGCAAAUUUUUGCGGCAAUCACGCAAUCAUUGGGCGAGAUCUGAGGGGGGGGGGGUCAAAAUGACGCCCCCCCCAAGUAUAUCCUGGUCUGAAAUAGCCCAGUUAAAAUAGGGUUAAUGGUGCAUGCAUUCUGUGAGUUCCAUGUUCGCAAGUUUGCAAUGGUGUGGUGAUAUGAAUAAUUCACCUCAAGCUGAAACCCCAAGUGCAUUUUUACGUGCAAUUAAGAUGGAUAAUUCACCAAAUAGCACUCUGUUUUUCAAAGAAUUCUCUGGGUUGUAACUAGGCCCAAGUCAAACUGGUUGGUCCAGUAGUGCCUGGCUGAUGCUAUAGCUUAGUUGCAGUGCAACUUCCUGCAGGCCCGAGGGCUCAUGUUAUAAGGAAAUACACAAUUUUUGAGAAAUUUACUCUCAAAGACCGAUUGUUGGCCAGUUAAAGAACUUAAUUUCCUAAAACGUUUCAUGUGAUAUUAUAUUUCAAUCAAUUAAGUGGGAUUAUGGAAACAAUAUUGCAUAUCAAUUUCUUUUUGCUUGAAUUUACCUAUGUGUAACGUCACCAUAUCAUUGCUGCUAGCUUCUAUUAUUCAUUGCUUAGUCUUGGAGAAACAGCCGCUUUGUGACUUUGGAAACUGGGACAGAUGGGAGUUUGCCAUUAGAUCGCAUGAUAAGGGUCAUUAUUUGUCAUAUUAUCAUCUCUUUUUAGAGUAUCUAAGAGAUAAUCUUUAAUUGACUUGAAUGGUUUUUUGAUAAUUCAACUCACAGCCAAAAGGCUGAAUUAGAAUAUAUACCGGUAUUGGGUACAUAUGACAUAAAGUAUAACAGUGAUUAAUUAAAAGAAGUUUUCUCUUCCAUUUGCCACAAUUGUUUUAAUACCACAUUGUCAAUUUGAGAUGUACAUAGUACAUUGAUUUACAUUGUGCUGCACUCAAACCAGGUGAGGUUAAUUGGUACCUGCCAGAAAUUACUUCCUUGCAAUGCAUGUCCGUUUUAAAUAAUUACGCUUACCAAGCCAAAGCUGGGGUAAUAAUAUCCAAGUCCUUUUAACUACAGCUAUUAUCAGUGAACUUCUUGUUUAAAAAAGCAGACUAGCAGACCACACCAAUCAUUUUGGAUUCCCGUUGGAACAAAAAAAGCUUGCUGAUCGGUUAAAGUGAUUAUUCCUGCAUAGGUCUACAGAUAUCUUAUCACAAGAGCACAAAAUGGUCUCUGGUUUCCAUAGUAAAAAUUGACUUGAAUCAUUCAUACUUUUUUGUGAAAAAUACCUAACCAAAUGGCACUAGUGCAUUGAUUGGGUUUUAAAAGCCAAGUUGUGGAAUUAUGAUUCCACCACUUCAUAUCAACUCAUACCAAUUCAGGUAUUAUGCCUCCUUGUGUAGCGCUGAGAAAACGAUAACCAUGAUCAUGAUUUAAGAUUUUCAGCAUGUGGCGACAGUGUUUCGAUGUUGGCAGGAAUUUCCUUGAUUCUUGGGAAAUCUGUAUCUUCGGGAAAUUUUCAGGAAAUAAAAAAUUUCCAGGAAAAUUCAGGGAAAUACAAAAAUUGAAAUAACAAAUUUAUUGAAUUAAAAGAAAUGAUAAUAGUUUGAAUAUUCAGAAUUAUUUGCCUCGUUAGGUAGCUCAAAAUUCCCUGCUCAUGUUCGCAUUAGUGAUUUUGUGCCCACGUUAGAAAUUGUAUGCACAAGAGAGGUCUUAAUUUCCAUGAUGUUUUAGGUCUCUAAGCCUAACUGUUAAUUUCAGGAUUGCUGUAUUACAUGUACUGUCCAUUUUUGUUGAAAUGCAAACUUGAAGAAUCUAGGAAAUGCCUCUGAUUUGCCUUUUGAGCUGUGGGAACACUGUUUUGACGAUACCUUUUAGGAAUUUCUGUGAAUCUUUGAAGUAUUUAUGAUCAAGAAGUAGAGAAUACCAACUCUAUUUCAGAAAUAAUUUAUUUUCUUAUAUUUUGUCCAAUCUGUAGUAUUCCUUCCAUUGGCCAAUUUCAUAAAACUUGUUACAAUGUAUUAUUAAAAUCUUUGCCAGAACAGUUUAAAGCUACUGAAAUUGUUCAAUUUGAUUGGCUGAUAGUAAACUUGUUACAUAAAUUGUCCAUUUGUUAUUGUAACAAGUCUUAAUGAAACAGGACCCAUAUUUCUCUGUCUUUAAUGGUAUAUCCUUUGAUGAUUUGCUUUAUAUACUCCAUGAACAUGUAUAGACUGGGCAUGUUGUUUCACUCUUUUAAGCUAUUACAAUACUUAAAGUUACAUAUUUUACCUUGCCAAUACUUUUUUUGAGUAGCCAUUGCCCAUUAUGUUCCUUUUUCUUACUGUCCUAGUUUUCAAAUAAUUUUUCUUGAUUUCAUUUGCUCCAGUAAUAAUUGCUCUAUUAGAACAUUUCUUAAGCUUUAAUCCACUGGAUUUGCUAAAUUUUCCAUUAAUAUAAUUAAAAUUAUGAAAUGCUUUGAAACCAAGUUAGUUUCUUGAAGUUAGCUGUAGAAAGGACCACAAAUCUUCAAUUGUUUUUAUGACGUUAUGUUCAUUUGCUAUUGAAAUCUACAAGCUGUAUGUAAAGGCCUGAUGGGCAUUCAGUCAGCUAUAAUUUGUUGUAAUUUCAUUGUAGAUGCCAUGACUUUAUGUAACGUUUGAGACCAUGCUUCUCUUUUGUUGUACUCAGUCAGCAAAAAGGAGUUCAUUUCAUUUGGCUUAAAAAGCUUUAGUUUCAUAUAUUAAACUUGUGUUUUAGAAAUUUCAUUGUGUUUAACUGCUAAAAAACCAUUUCAUAUUAUUUAAGAUUUUAUUAAGAUGCUUUUUUCCUAUGACAAAACACUGUCCCCUAAACAUACAUGUAAAUUCACUUUGACCAUAGAGAAGAAAAUGUGUAGAAUUAUUUUAAAUUACGAAAGUAAAUCAUUUUACUCACAAAACCCUCUUUUGAUCAAAGACCUACAGGUAUUAACACUUCUUAUCUCUAUGAGGUCUGUAGGCUAACCCAAAUUACGAUAUCAGAACUACAUUAUUAAUGUUUUACUAUAAGAACAAGUUGCAAUAUCUUUGUAUACGAUUUAUCUGUAUAUGUAAUAUUAAAGAAUACUAUAUUUGGUGGGAUAAUUCCUUGUGCAGCUUUUUGAUAAAAAGUAUGCAUUUUGGAAUGGAUCCAUGUUUCCUAGAUGAAAUUGUAAAUCAUUGGAAUUUUUUGUUGUUGUUUGGUGAUAAAUAAUAGUAUAUGAAUAAUGCAUGUAAGCGUGUGCAUGCAGGGCCAAAUAAUGAACGAUGUGCGAGAAGAGCCAAUGGAUAUACUGCACCGAGAUCCGCAGGACCGAGUGCGUUUAUCCAUUUGGCGAGUCGAGCACAGAGUUCAUUAUUUAUGUCCUCUAUGCACAAGAAUACUUGCAUUGUUUGUUUUAUACAACCCCGCUCUUCACCCAUGUUACUGAGUUGCCCCGAAUGCUAUAUUUGAUCUAUCCUGCACUCUGACGUCAGAGUGGAGGAUAGAGCAUUUGGUAUGAUGUCAGAGUGCAGGAUAUUGCAUUUUGGAUGCCAUAGUGCAAUGCUCUGAGUAUCAUUUGAUCCGAUUUGGACCGAUCAGAUGACAAAAUAUUUUUGGUAGUUGUAUAAUAUAUAUUUUUGUAUCCAACUUUGUUAAGGUUCAUUUGAAGUC